CCGUUUCCUCACUUUAUUCUGUCAAAAUGGACAGUCGCCCAGCGCCCAAUGGGGAACCUGCUUCGUCGCAGCUGCGGUGCACACCACGCGUGACAUCUCGGCGUCAUCCCCACUGGCCAAUAUACUUAUCCGUUCGAGCUCUCGUAGCUGGGUAUUGCGCUGUUCUCCAGUGCCCACUGGGUUAUAUUAUCGGCGGAAUAACCGAGUUUCCAACUUUCAGCUGCUAAAGGCUAGCCUCCCUUGAAACACGGACUUCAAUAAUGAGCCCUGUGAUGUUUCUUUUCCCCCAUUGUUUCUCCCUGAUCCCUAGAAACGGUCGGUGCUGCAGACUAUUGACUUGGGAGCUCCCUUUGUCGCCCAAAACGGGCCUUGACUAUCGUCCUUUUUGGGAUCACGACCAUCCAAGCGGAUGAUGGGUAGGCGAGGACGAUGAAUGCGAUGUAAUGAGUAACUCCCUACGCAGAUUUUCAACUCCAGAAGCCUCUUGUUGUCCGAACCCUUUUUCCUUUCUCGAGCCUAGUGUGCCUCGUGAAGCAAUAGGUCGCAAUACAGGGAAUUGGCAUUCCUUCCGCAAUGCUAUGUCACAAGGCGCAUUGCGAAACUAGCCAUGGCUAACCUAUGCCGAUAUGGCUGUAUGAGCCGAAGAAGCAUAUAAACCAGACUCUUUUGUCAACAUUUGUCUUCUUUGGAUCAUCAACCGCCUCACUCAUUCAGGCAAGUUUCUGAAAUAGCCUCUUGCAGGUGAAGCGGCAGUCAAUAGUCUAGGGCUACUUUGACGACGACUUUAAUCUUCCUCGCCACUUACUUUGUUUACCAUACACAAUGGUCUACCCAGGCAGCUUCCUGGCUCUAGCCCUCCUUUCCUUGACAUCGUUCUCAAGCGCCCUACCCGAGAACCUGAAAGGCCGUACGCCUCCCAACCCCAACACUUGCGCCUGCUUGCCCGUAACGGAACAAACGCCAAUCAUCUCCACAAAGACCGAGACUGCCCACGAGACCGUCUACCAUACUGCUUCCGUGAGCAGGCAGACCAUCACUGCAACAAUCACGAUCACUCGUGCGCCCGUAAUUGCGACUGAGACCGUCCACGUCACCAAGUCCGUCGACGAACAGGUGACAGUCACUUGCACCGAGGUCAUCAUCGAGGGCCCCGACGGCACCGCCACCACAAAGACGAAGCCUCCCGGAGGCCACGGAGAGCACACUCGGACGAAGACGCGUACGUCUCACGACGGGUCCGAGACCAAGCCGCCUCACCACGAUGACGAUGACGAGGCCACGAAGACGAACGGCGGCUCUGCCACAGGCACCCAUACCAAAUCUGGCGGCGGCAAGCCUACCCACCCCCCUAACGGAGACGACGGAGACAACGAUGGACACGACGAUGGCGACGACGGCGACAGCAGUACCGGACCCAAGCCGACGUCGAUCCACACUUGCAAGCAUUGGAACGGUACCAAGUGCGUGAAGCCUACGGACGGUCCCAGCCUUACCGUCGUCACAUCCACCGCAGUCGCGACGGCCACGGUCACGGGCGUGACGACCGAGAGAGCCCUACCCACGUACUCGGUCUGCUCCGUCUCCGUGACUCUUGUCACCGUCUAUAACACCGUCACGGCGACCGUCUACCAGAGCAUCUCCUCACCCUCGACGACGCCGGUCCAUAAGCCUCGCGCGCCAACGGCCGUGGUGUCGGAAUGACGCCGCGCU